UGUGGGGACCCAGCUUGGUGAGAGGGAGUGCAUCUCCAUCCACAUCGGGCAGGCCGGGGUGCAGAUGGGCAACGCCUGCUGGGAGCUCUACUGCCUGGAGCACGGCAUCCAGGCCGAUGGGACCAUUCCCAGCUCCAAGCAGCUGAAAUCCAUGGAUCCCAACUCCGAGCCAGUGGACUCCUCCUUCGAGACCUUCUUCUGUGAGACGGCGUCUGGCAAGCACGUGCCCCGGGCCGUGUUCAUAGACCUGGAGCCCACCGUCAUUGAUGAGAUCAGGACGGGGACCUACCACGGGCUCUUCCACCCGGAGCAGCUCAUCAGCGGCAAGGAGGACGCUGCCAACAACUACGCCCGCGGCCACUACACCAUCGGCAAGGAGAUCAUCGACACCGUGCUCAGCAGGAUCCGGAAAAUGGCUGACCAGUGCAGUGGACUCCAAGGCUUCCUGGUCUUCCACAGCUUCGGAGGAGGCACUGGCUCCGGCUUCACCUCGCUCCUCAUGGAGCGGCUCUCCGUGGAGUACAGCAAGAAGUCCAAGCUGGAAUUCUCGGUGUACCCGGCCCCGCAGGUGUCCACGGCCGUGGUGGAGCCCUACAACUCCAUCCUGACCACGCACACCACGCUGGAGCACUCGGACUGCGCCUUCAUGGUGGACAACGAGGCCAUCUACGACAUCUGCCACCGCAACCUGGACAUCGAGCGCCCCACCUACACCAACCUCAACAGGCUGAUCGGCCAGAUCGUGUCCUCCGUCACCGCCUCGCUGCGCUUCAACGGCGCCCUCAACGUGGACCUCAUCGAGUUCCAGACCAACCUGGUGCCCUACCCGCGCAUCCACUUCCCGCUCACCACCUACGCGCCCAUCGUCUCGGCGGAGAAGGCCUACCACGAGCAGCUCUCCGUGCCGGAGAUCACCAACGCCUGCUUCGAGUUCUCCAACCAGAUGGUCAAGUGCGACCCUCGCCGCGGCAAGUACAUGGCGUGCUGCCUGCUCUACCGCGGCGACGUCGUGCCCAAGGACGUCAACGCCGCCAUCGCCGCCAUCAAGACGCGCCGCUCCAUCCAGUUCGUGGACUGGUGCCCCACCGGUUUCAAGGUGGGCAUCAACUACCAGCCGCCCACGGUGGUGCCCGGCGGCGACCUGGCCAAGGUGCAGAGGGCUGUGUGCAUGCUGAGCAACACCACGGCCAUCGCCGAGGCCUGGGCCCGCCUGGACCACAAGUUUGACCUGAUGUACGCCAAGCGGGCGUUCGUGCACUGGUACGUGGGGGAGGGCAUGGAGGAGGGCGAGUUCUCCGAGGCCAGGGAGGACCUGGCGGCCCUGGAGAAGGAUUAUGAGGAGGUUGGAAGGGACUCGGCGGACGGGGAGGAGGAGGAGGGUGAUGAGGAUGAGUAUUGACAGACUGCGGCCUGGUCUUGACCUCAGCUGGGAUCCGGACUUGUGUCCCGAGUUCCUGAGGGCCCGGAGCCAUGUUUGAUGUAUUAAACCUCCCCUGCUUGCGUAGUUUGGGCUCGCAGAGCUCCUCUCUAGCCUGGGUGCCUUGAGCUUUACCCCACUGCUGUUUAUUGACGAGUGACGCUGAGUCGGGCCUAACUUAGGCCUGACAUCCCGCCUAGCCAGGAGAUCCUGGUUCCUAGCCCAGGGAAUGUCCAAGCUGCCUGCUUUGGCUGGAAUGGCAAACUCUUGCUCUGGCUUUUUCUUGUGAAAGCACUUUGGAAUUAGAAACGCACCUGUAAACUUCUAUGCAAAUGGCUUUUUGUAUAUGAAUAAAGAGGGGUUUUUUUGGCUCGGAA